CGAAAGGGAAUAUCAGUCUGUGCCUCGACUUCACCUGCACCAUGCAUUUAGCUGUACUCCUCGUUGUAACCGCGGCUUGCAGUGCUGCAGUACUGCCAGCACGGUCGCCAGACACUGAUGAGGCUGCAGCGUACAAGUUCUUCUCCGAUGGACCGUACGGAGGCCCCAUCAAGGAAGUCGCGAAUGUCAAGCGGGCGAAAGAUGAAGCGGCUGCGUACAAGUUCUUCUCCGAUGGACCGUACGGAGGCCCCAUCAAGGAAGUCGCGAAUGUCAAGCGGGCGAAAGAUGAAGCGGCUGCGUACGGGUUCUUCUCCGAUGCACCGUACGUAGGCCCCAUCAAGGAAGUCGCGAAUGUCUAACGAGGGCAUGAUGAAGCAGCGGCCGCCAAAGGGCGACCGCGAGUCGAAAACGAUUGAAAGAUGAGCGGUAGCCUUUCCCGUUGUCGUUAGCAGCCCGAAUGAUGUUUUGGAAAUAGAGAAUGAGGACACUCUUUUCGCCGAUGGAACAUUUGCGAGAAGAAUCAAGCAAGUUAUGUACUUUGUUACCCGACUCUUAA